UUCAUGUUGGCGGAUACCCGCGUCGUCGCUCGUGAAACAACAAACUUUCAACCUUGUCAGGCGUUCAUUGAGUUCGCUUAUACACUCCCAGAAGUCGAGAAAUAUGGCCGGAUCACCAAACGUAGUCUUCGUUCUUGGUCCUCCGGGAUCUGGCAAGGGCACACAAUGCGCCAACAUUGUUAAGACUUUCGAUUUCGUUCAUCUGUCAGCCGGAGACCUGCUCCGCGCCGAGCGCUCAACACCCGGUUCCGAAUACGGUGACUUGAUCGAAGGUCACAUAAGGAACGGAACCAUCGUCCCGGUAGAAAUUACCUGCUCGCUGAUCGAGAAAGCAAUGAAGGAGAGCGGGAAGAAUCGAUUUCUCAUCGACGGCUUCCCAAGGAACCGAGACAAUCUCGACGGGUGGCAAAAGCAAAUGGGAGACAAAGUGAAAGAAGUUUACGUUCUCCUUCUCUCCUGCACAGAGGAGGUCGCAACCGAGCGUUGUUUGAAGCGAGGCCAGGCCGGUAGCGGUCGUUCCGACGAUAACCUCGAAUCGUUGAAAAAACGUUUCCAGACCUACCAAAAAGACACGAUGCCCAUCAUCAAGUAUUACGAAGCCAAAGACAUGGUCAGAAGCAUCGACGCAAACUGCAACGAUAAGGACGCAAUUUUCAGUGAGAUCUGUAAACUUUUCGAUGAAUGGAAAUCCUAAGCUCACUGACCCGCGAACGGAACAUGACACAAUAUUGUCAAAUCGCACUAGAACAAAACGUUCAAUCCCUGUUCAAGUCAUUAUCUUUUUCCCUCGAUCAUCAUCGAGAAACGUACCCAAAUGACCAUAUAUAUCUCUAAUCGUCUUCUGUCAGAGAGUUUGGAGCAAAACAGUUCCUGUUCGGUUUUUUUCACGCAUUCGGACAUUUCAUUUGCUCAUCGGAGACUCAGCGAGUUGUUGGAGGAUCAGCGUCCCGAGAGUGAAGGAAUCGAUUUCCAUCGUGGGGAGCAACGGCUUUUCAACCUCUGAACCGUCAUUCCUCGUUCCGGCAAAAAGUUUGCUUGCCGCCAUGAACAAU